ACCCUCCCGCCUCGGUGCCACCAUGUGGGAAGACGGCGAUGGCGGCCUGGAGAGGUUCUGUAGCCCGGGCAAGGGCCGGGGACUGCGGGCCCUGCAGCCCUUCCAGGUGGGAGACUUGCUUUUCUCCUGCCCGGCCUACGCCUACGUGCUCACGGUUAACGAGCGGGGCAACCACUGCGAGUACUGCUUCGCCAGGAAAGAAGGAUUGUCCAAGUGUGGAAGAUGCAAGCAGGCAUUUUACUGCAAUGUGGAGUGUCAGAAAGAAGAUUGGCCCAUGCACAAGUUGGAGUGUUCUGCCAUGGUUGUUUUUGGGGAAAACUGGAAUCCCUCUGAGACUGUUAGGCUAACAGCAAGGAUUCUGGCCAAACAGAAAAUCCACCCUGAGAGAACACCAUCAGAAAAAUUGUUAGCAGUGAAGGAGUUUGAAUCACAUCUGAGUAAGUUAGACAAUGAGAAGAAGGAGUUGAUCCAGAGUGACAUUGCUGCUCUCCACCACUUUUACUCCAAGCAUCUAGAAUUUCCUGGCACUGAGAGCCUGGUAGUACUUUUUGCACAGGUUAACUGUAAUGGCUUCACAAUUGAAGACGAAGAACUUUCUCAUUUGGGAUCAGCAAUAUUUCCUGACGUUGCACUGAUGAAUCAUAGCUGUUGUCCCAACGUGAUUGUAACCUAUAAGGGGACCCUGGCAGAAGUAAGAGCUGUACAGGAAAUCAACCCAGGAGAUGAGGUAUUUACCAGCUAUAUUGACCUCCUGUAUCCAACAGAAGAUAGGAAUGACCGGUUAAGAGAUUCUUACUUCUUUACCUGUGAAUGCCAGGAGUGCACCACCAAAGACAAGGAUAAGGCCAAGGUGGAAAUCCGGAAGCUCACAGAUCCUCCAAAGGCAGAAGCCAUCCGUGACAUGGUCAGAUACGCACGCAACGUCAUUGAGGAAUUCCGGAGAGCCAAGCACUAUAAAUCCCCUAGUGAGCUGCUGGAGAUCUGCGAGCUCAGCCAGGAGAAGAUGAGCUCCGUGUUUGAAGACAGUAAUGUGUACAUGCUGCACAUGAUGUACCAGGCCAUGGGUGUCUGCUUGUACAUGCAGGACUGGGAAGGAGCUCUGCGAUAUGGACAGAAAAUCAUUAAGCCCUACAGUAAGCAUUAUCCUUUGUACUCCCUCAAUGUGGCCUCCAUGUGGCUGAAGCUUGGAAGACUAUACAUGGGCCUGGAAAACAAAACUGCAGGAGAGAAAGCCCUAAAGAAGGCCCUGGCAAUCAUGGAAAUAGUUCAUGGCAAAGACCACCCGUACAUUUCUGAGAUCAAACAAGAAAUUGAAAGCCACUGAAACUAUGCAGCAUCUUAGUUUUUAUUUAUAUACUAGUGCAGAAACCUUA